AUGUCCAAAUUCGUCGGCGCGAAACCAUUCUCGCAUGCGGAAAUCUCCCCCUGUCACUACAAACCGGAUAUAAUCCCUUGUGUCCCUCGCAAUCUGCACUCCAUCAAGCACAAUCAAACCAUCACCAUGACCGUAACAGCCCCCUCUAUCCCAGAAACCAUCCCCGAGAACGCGGAACUGCCCAAGGGCAAGACGCCCAUCCGCGGCGUGCCACAUACCCCGACUCACACUUCCUCGUGGGACCUGACCUCGACCUGGCUGGUCGGCGCCAACGAACACGUCCGCGCCUGGUGGGACGCCCUCGGACCCCAGAUAGCCUCCCUCGCCGACGAAGCGGGAUACAAGAUGCUCGCGCAGACCGAGAUCCUGCUCCUCCUCCACUCCGUCCUCCUGCCGCACCUGGGCCGCUAUCCGCCCAUUCAGGAAAAGGCCCCCGUAGAGUACCGCUGGACCUGCACGGGCGACGAACACGACCACGAACAUGACCACCCCACGCUCACGCUGGCCAUCGAAGCCGCCGGCGACGCAAAGAGCACCAGCCAUCUCACCCGCCACCAUCUCCAGGCCACACAGCAGAUCCUCGAGCUCCUCGCCUCGCAGCUGCCGUCGGUCAGUCUGCGCUGGUACCGCCACUUCGUCCAAGCCUUCCACAUCGACCACCACAUGGACCACUCGAGUCAUCACCGCUCGUCGCGACACACCGACGCGGACCGCCCGCGCACGCCGCUGGCCUUCGAGUUCGCCGACACCGGGGUCGUCCCGCGCGUGUACUUCUCGCCGCCGGCGCAGGCGCAGGAGGAAAAACCCUCGCUGGCGAUCUUCACCGACGCCAUCCGGCCGCUGUCCGAGAGUGUCUCGCUGCUGGCGUUUGAGGAGUUUGUUGCCUUCGUGGAUAACCAUCCCGUGGGCGUGACGCUGACGCCAGAGGUGCUCGGGGUGGACUGUGCGGCCGCGUCGGCGUCGCUGUAUCUGCAUGCGCAUACGCCGCUGACGAACUUCGAGAGCGUGAUUGCCAUCCUCACGCUGGGUGGGCGCGUGCAUGGCCGGGACCUGGCGAUUAUGGAACUGUGGGAGCUGCUUUGUGCGAUGCUGCGGUUGAAGCAUGUGAAUCGGACGUUCUCGUGGGGGGAUGAGCUGCCUGGUCGCGAGCGAGAGGAUUGGCAUCAGGGGCUGAGAUACUGCUUUGAGAUCAUGCCCGAGAGGGAGGUGCCGGAGGUGAGUGUCGACAUCCCGGUGGCGGGUUACGGACGGGACGAGGAUGUGCUGGUUGGUCUUGAGAAGUUCCUGAAGAACAGAGGGCAGAAGCCGUGUGCAGAGGGGCUGGCGAGAGUGGUGCAUAUGCUACGGCGGGGCAAGACUGAACAUCAGCCGGUUUUGACGCAUAUCGUCUGCUCCCUUCAAGGGGGGGUCUUGAAGGUAACUUCAUGCAUGGAACCAGGGCUGAAGCAGCAGUACGGUGAGGAGUAG